AUGGCGUUUCAUGGCGGCGACCCCUUUCGGGGUCGUCUAUGGCCACAAUUGUUAGUGGCAUUGGCCAUUGUGGUUGUUUCAAAUAAUUUAGUCUCAGCUGACCCAUAUUUGUACUCCUCUCCUCCACCACCUUAUGAGUACAAGUCGCUGCCGCCGCCUUCACCUUCUCCACCACCACCUUAUGAGUACAAGUCACCGCCGCCUCCUACUCAUUCUCCACCACCAUCAUAUGAGUACAAGUCUCCACCACCACCUUCUCCUUCUCCGCCACCACCAUAUGUGUACAAGUCACCUCCACCACCACCAUAUGAGUACAAGUCACCACCACCGCCUUCUCCUUCUCCACCACCAUAUGAGUACAAGUCACCACCACCACCACCACCUUCUCCUUCUCCACCACCACCAUAUGUGUACAAGUCACCUCCACCACCUUCUCAUUCUCCACCACCACCAUAUGAGUACAAGUCACGUCCACCACCUUCGCAUUCUCCACCACCACCAUAUGAGUACAAGUCACCUCCACCACCUUCUCCUUCUCCACCACUACCAUAUGUGUAUAAGUCACCUCCACCACCUUCUCCUUCUCCGCCACCACCAUAUGAGUACAAGUCUCCACCACCACCCUCCAAAUCCCCACCACCACUUUACUACUACAAGUCCCCACCACCACCUUCACCAUCACCUCCACCACCUUACUACUACAAGUCUCCACCACCACCCUCCAAAUCCCCACCACCACCUUACUACUAUAAGUCCCCACCACCACCCUCACCAUCACCACCACCACCUUACUACUACAAGUCUCCCCCACCACCCUCACCCUCUCCUCCACCACCAUACUACUACAAGUCCCCACCACCACCCACCAAAUCACCACCACCACCUUACUACUACAAAUCUCCCCCACCCCCUUCACCAUCACCUCCACCUCUUUACUACUACAAGUCCCCACCACCACCAGCAUCUCCUUCACCUCCACCACCUUACUACUACAAGUCACCACCGCCACCAUCGCCAUCACCUCCACCUCCCUACUAUUACAAGUCUCCACCACCACCGGCUAAAUCCCCACCGCUGCCACCACCUUACUACUACAAAUCUCCACCACCACCGUCCAAGUCCCCUCCCCCUCCAUACUACUACACUUCUCCACCACCACCUUACAAGUCUCCUCCAACUCCAUACUACUAUACUUCUCCACCACCACCUGUCCCUCACCCUCACCCCCACCACCACCCACUGGUGGUCAAGGUGGUCGGAAAAGUGUACUGCUACAGAUGCUAUGACUGGACAUACCCAGAAAAAUCCCAUGACAAGAAACACCUCAAAGGUGCUGUUGUUGAGGUGAUAUGCAAGGCAGGUGACAAAAAAAUUAUGGCCUAUGGUAAGACCAAGAUCAAUGGUAAAUUCAGCAUAACCGUUGAAGGGUUUGACUAUGUCAAGUAUGGAGCCAAGGCUUGCAAGGCUCAUCUCCACAUGGCGCCAAAGGGUUCACCAUGCAACAUACCAACCAACCUACAUUGGGGCGUGAAGGGUGCUGAGGUCACAGUCAAGUCAAAGGACAAGUAUGAAGUUGUGCUCAAGGCCAAGCCAUUUGCCUAUGCUCCCAAGACUCCUUACAAGGAGUGUGAGAAGCCUAAGCCCAAGCCUACCCCUACUCCUUACAUCUACAAAUCUCCAGCACCACCACCACCACCACCAACCUACAUCUACAAGUCUCCGCCUCCACCGCCGGUUACUUACGUAUACAAAUCACCACCACCACCUACUUACAAGUCCCCACCACCACCUUCGCCAAUAGUACACCCACCGUACUACUACAUGUCCCCACCUCCACCUUCUCCAUCCCGUCCCCCGCCUUAUUACUAUAAGUCUCCACCUCCGCCUUCUCCAUCUCCACCUCCCCCGUACUAUUACAAGUCACCCCCACUACCAUCGCCAUCUCCUCAUCACGAUCCAUACUAUUACAAAUCACCUCCACCACCAUCACCCUCACCGCCACCACCCUACUAUUACAAAUCACCCCCACCACCUUCGCCAUCUCCUCCACCACCAUACUACUACAAGUCCCCACCACCACCAUCACCAUCUCCUCCUCCACCAUACUACUACAAGUCCCCACCACCACCAUCAUUGUCUCCUCCCCCUCCCUACUACUACAAGUCCCCACCACCACCAUCGUCGUCUCCUUCCCCUCCCUACUACUACAAGUCCCCACCACCACCUUCGCCUUCUCCUCCCCCACCCUACUACUACAAGUCCCCACCACCACCAUCGCCUUCUCCUCCCCCACCCUACUACUACAAAUCACCCCCACCACCAUCACCAUCUCCUCCACCACCGUACUACUACAAAUCCCCUCCCCCACCAUCACCAUCACCCCCACCUCCUUACUAUUACAAAUCACCCCCACCACCAUCGGCAUCUCCUCCUCACGAUCCCUACUUCUACAAAUCCCCUCCACCACCACCACCAUCACCUCCACCACCCUACUAUUACAAAUCCCCCCCACCACCAUCACCAUCUCCUCCACCACCAUACUACUACAGGUCUCCCCCACCACCAUCACCCUCUCCUCCACCACCUUACUACUACAAGUCUCCCCCACCACCAUCACCCUCUCCUCCACCACCUUACUACUACAAGUCCCCACCACCACCAAAGUCGUCUCCUCCACCUCCUUACUACUACAAGUCUCCUCCUCCACCAUCGCCAUCUCCCCCACCUCCCUACUACUACCACUCCCCACCCCCACCAUCCCCAUCACCACCUCCUCCCUACCUCUACAAGUCUCCACCACCACCGUCAUCAUCUCCUCCACCUCCCUAUCACUACACAUCUCCACCACCACCAUCACCAUAUCCUCCUCCACCUUAUGUCUACAAAUCCCCACCACCACCAACUCCCUCUCCCCCUCCUCCCUAUGUCUACAAGUCCCCACCACCACCGGUUCACUCACCACCACCUCCCUAUGUCUACAAGUCCCCGCCACCACCAUCUCCCUCACCACCUCCUCCCUAUGUCUACAAGUCCCCACCUCCCCCUUCACCAUCUCCUCCUCCCCCAUACCUCUACAAAUCACCACCCCCACCCCUGAAAUCACCUCCACCCCCGGCCUACAUCUACGCUUCUCCACCACCGCCAACUCACUACUAAGCUCCAAAAGCUUAGCCAUUCACCAGCUCCAGUCAUCUUUUACUUUCAAAAACAGAAUAAAGGAAGGGUCCAUGAAAAGAGGAUUCAGAAAUCAAGCCUCCAAUAUCCCUAGUCAAUUCAAUAAGGUCAUGAACAUUGCAUUUGAAAGCUUCAAUCUUUGUAUUUGGGACCAGUUUACUUCUACUUCUCUGGUGGCCACCCUACACAUUUUGCUGCUUCUAUUUU